AUGUGGUCGUGGUUUGGCGGCGGAUCUGCUCAGCAGAGGAAGGAUGCCCCCAAAAAUGCCAUCCUGGCCCUGCGCCAACAACUUGAUAUGCUUCAGAAAAGAGAAAGGCAUUUGGAAAACCAAAUGGCAGAACAGGAUGCUAUAGCCCGGAAGCAUGUUACUACAAAUAAAAACGCUGCCAAAGCUGCCUUGCGACGGAAGAAAGCUCAUGAACGAUCCCUCGAACAAACAAGCGCCCAGAUUAUCCAAAUCGAACAACAAAUAUCCUCUAUCGAGGCAGCAAAUAUCAACCAAGAAACUCUCCUCGCAAUGAAGAAUGCUGGAAAUGCCAUGAAAAAAAUCCACAGCGGACUUACUAUCGAGAAAGUGGAUGAGACAAUGGACCAACUACGAGAGCAACAUGCACUCAACGAGGAGAUUGUAAACGCCAUUACAAACAACACCAUCGGCGAGCCGCUAGACGAGAUGGAGCUUGAAGCAGAACUGGAGGGCAUGGAACAAGAACAGAUUGACGAGAGAAUGCUCAAAACUGGAACUGUGCCAGUUGCAGAUCAGCUUGGUACCCUACCAGCAGCCGCAAAUGGACCACUCAAAGGCAAAGAAAGAGCCACAGAAGAAGAGGAUGAGGAAGCAGAGCUGGCGAAACUCCGAGCAGAGAUGGCCAUGUAA